AUGGGCCCAGGCAAGCCAUUCGUGGUCGCUAUCAGGGUUCAGGCGAGGCUCGACAACACGUUCGUCGCGGAGAAGAUCGAUGAGGCGGUAGAACCGGGUGGUGAAGACGAUGCGCGGACGAAGCGUGCGGCACACCACCCCAUUCCCCCUUUUCCCUCCGCGAGGUACCACGGACCUCGCUCGCUUCCUCCGCCAACCGUCAACUGGUACCAACGACCCCCGCCCAUCGUUUUCACUGAUACCAAGAAUUCCCUUCCGCGUCGUCCACGCACCGGGGACUCGCAAUCACCACAGCGGGUUGCGAAGCUGAAGGCUGAAGGCAAGAUCUACCCCGACGUCGCAAUUUGGAAUGGGAAAGACCAGCAGUGGGUGGAAGACCUGGAAACGUGGGACAGCACAGAGCACGACGUCGCGGCUUCCCUGGUUGACUGGGUGGAGAGGCGUCAGGCCGCGAAAAAGAAAGGGACACUCGCGGACCCUCCUCAGCUCGGGAACAAAGGCGAAGGCGAGAUUGAAGUGGAAAGCGAACGCGAGCUGAAGCGUGCGGCAUCCGGUCCGCAGAAGCGGUCUCCUGCCAAGAAUAGUCCGCAGGCCGUCGAAGAGGCGUCUUCGCCCAACGUGGCGGACAGUGAGGAUGAGGUCGUGCCUGAGACUGAGGAAGAGGCCGUGGAUGCCGAGGAGGAAAUGGAGGAUGAAGACGUGGAAAUGGUCGAGGCCCGCGUUGAGGAGCCCAUUCAGGCGCAUGCGCCUCUCCCGGCCCCCCGCAAGGUUUCCGUCCUCUCCGAGCGCGCCGCGGGCAAGAAGCCGGCUCAAAUCCAGAAGAGGUUCCGGGAGCUCGACGAGGCCUCCGUGAUAUCCAUCAGCGACGAUGAGGGGCGGUCGCCUCCAUUCAGCGAGAGUGAAUCACCAUCCCCUCCCACUCGUUGGCCGUCGCCUCAUCUGCCGUCCCGCUCGGCCAGUCCGAUGCCCGCCUCGCCAUUGCGGACUUCAGGCCCCCCCAUCACGUUGGCUGAGCGGAAGGCCAGAGUCGACGCCGAGAUCACCGGCAUGCGCAACAUUGUCACCGACCAUAGGGGGCCGUGCAGCAAAACAUUCGGCAUAAUGUCUGGCCUCUGGUCAGGCGUUUUCGCUGAUCAGGCCCACGUCGUCUUUCAGGCGGUCGAGGAGGUGAAGGCCAUGAAGCUGGAGGUCGAAGAACUCAAGGCCAUGGGUGGGUCUUCCAACGGUGCGGUCCUCAGGGAGCUUCGGCAGCUGCGUAACGAGUUCAGGACGACUGCAGACCGCCUCGAUGGAGUCGAGGCGCGUCUUGCCGACCUCUCCGCCUCCCGGGAGUCAAUGGAGAAGCGGCUCAAGGCAGCGGAGGAGCUCAAGACGUGGGGCGAAAUGACCGUGAAGGCGGUGAGGCAUGGGAUGGACGAGAGCAUUCGCCGCAUCGAGGACAUGCACACCGGGCUCGCAUUCAAACUUUUGCAGGGCAAACCGGAGCAGCCUGAGCCCAAGCCGGCUCCGGUCCCCUACCCCGGAGUCAUGCCGCGCUGGGCGGUCCCUCCCAUGCAAUCCCCCGGCGAUGACGGCAACGCAGCCCCGCCUCUUCCUCGCCGCCGCGCUCCCAUCGCUUCCCCGGCGCAUGGGGCGAACGACGAAGAAGUGCAUCCUGUGCGGCUUGCGAAGGAUGCCGCACUCCGGACGAGGACCCCAGCUCGCCCUGUUGUUCGUCCAGCCCUUCUCGCAGGCCUCACGGGAUAUGGCUCUGACCAACCCUCGGAGCGUCAGGACUCGUCACCUUUCCUCCGUCCCACGUCCUCAACCAUCGAGAAGACGGACGGUCUGGAGGCCAUUGUUGAGGAACCGACGGCGCUGCCCACGGCUGAGGCACAGCCGGUCGGGCAAGAGACCAACAUUGUCGCCUCCGGAGCCGGCGAAAAGGCGGAGGAAGCGAGCACCAAGGUUGGCGCGUCUGAGGAGAUGGAGCAGGACAUCCAAGUCGACGCUACACCCAAGCAUGCGCCCGAGCAUGCAAUCGAGGCUGCGUCAGGUCCAUGCGGGGGAGAGGCGGGUCCAUCGAGUCACGAGGCCGGGCCUUCGGGGGGAGAGGCGUGCGAUCGAGCGAAGGGAGAGGCCGACGAAUGUGGCGUGAAGGCAAUGGACAUCAGCGAGUGA